GACAUCUGCUAGUCAACUAUAGAGCCAAGUACAAACUACGUGCUCGAGAUAGGACUAAGCUGGCUGAGUUUGGAGGGACAACUUCGAGCACGAACCGGCCUACUUCGUGAUACUCUUCUGAACCUUUUAGAGCAUACCUUCUCUUCAAACACGUUACGGGCACCGUUGGCGUUGUUCGGGCCCAGCAUGACGAUGCAGCAGCUGAUGCCUUGCGUUCACGCGUGAAUUAGGGUCAAAAGCCAGGAGCAGGAGCAAGUCAAGACUACCAGCUGUGACAAGGCCUGGUCUAUCCGGAACUGCCAAAACUUGACUGCACUGUCACGCUGUGGAGGGCGUGCGGAGUCCGAGGCAAGAGCCAAGCGGGAUAGCCCCCACAGGAGGAUUAUCAGCCAUGAAUCGCUACUAUAACACCAACCCCAGCAAGGACCUCAGCUAUAGCAGCCUUGCGCUUGACGAGCAGAACCGAUCACAGCAUGCGCACAAGAUCGGUGACUCAGCACGCUUCCGGCCAACGCCGGUGAACGGCAACAUUGCCAGCGUGGCGCCGGAGGCCCAGGAUGCGGAUCUGCGCCAGUCGCUGCCGCGUCACAUGCAGGUUGACACCACCACUCGCACGGUGUUCCAAGACAACUUUUACAAGCCCAAGGACGGCAUCGCCGAGUAUGUGGCGGACCCACUCAAAGGCGCAUCGGCGCCACGUGCGCAGCCGCACAUGCCCCUCAGCGACCUGGCGCCCUCAGACCCGCGCGUGCGCAAGCUGCGGCCAGCCUACGAGGCGCCUCUGGCCCCCGGCUACUACGAGCCCGACCCGCUGGGCGAGCGCGCCACCGGCACCCUCAACAUGGCGGCGGGGGAGGUGCACCACGGCGUGCCGCUGGCACGCGACCCCACCCGCGCCUCCGCCGUGUUCGUGGCCGCUCCCAGGGGCCGCACCGCGCGCGACAUUGCGGACGAGGCAGCUAGCCCGCCCAUCAGCAGUCGUAUGACGCAGCCCGACUACGCGCACUGGACCAGCAAGGGCUGCUGGGCGCCGCGCGGCGACCGCGUUAUUGAGGCGGAGCGCUGGGGCCGCAACGCGCGCGAGCCCAAGCCGCCGGCGGAGGAGCGGCCGCAGAGCGUCUACACGCCCAUGGUCACCACGGACGGCCACCCCAACAGCAGCGAGGCCUACGCGGCGGCGCGCUACACGCCCGCCUACAAGGCCGCCUUCGCCAGCGGCCUGCCGCGCACAUUGGCACUGCCGGGUGGCAACCGGCCCGACACGCGGCUGCAGGUCAAGACCUACGACGACGUGUGCGGCGCGGGGCCGGACGUGGGGCCAGGCUCCUACAAUCCCGAGCCGCCUCGCAUGCGCUCCUCCAAUGCGGCGUUCGACAGCUCCGCGCCCUACUUCUCCUUGGCCUCGGGCACGCCCCGCCCCGGCCUCACAGUAAACACCAGCUUUGGCGGCAGUGGCCCGCUCUCGCCGCAGCGCUCCGGCGGCACCGGCUCCGCCUCCAGCCCCCUGGGCCUGCUGCCGCCGCAGCUGCAGCACCAGCUGGCAGCCACGGGGUCUUUCCACUCACUGGCGUCGCCGUCCUCCCCAACGACCCCACACAGCCCGUCCCGUCUGGGUGGAGGCGGAGGCGGAAUCAACCCGCUGUCAAUCGCGCCGCCGCUGGGCCCCAGUGGCGCCGGUGCGGCCUCCGGCCGCUACUCCGAGCCCAGCAGCCCGAGCGCGCUCCGCGCGGCGGCGGUGCGGGCGGAGCGGAUUGCGGCGGCGCAGCUGCUGGCGACCACGUCCGGCCGCGAGCGCAGCCCCACGCGCGGCGGGCACCACGCGCCGUCGCCGCUGGGGCAGCCGUCGCACUCUCUGCCGGUGCAGCCCUCGCGCGGCAGCGUCAGCAGCAGCCACCCCCACCACUACCAGCCCGGCUUCCAGCACCCGGGCAUGGAGCACGGCAUGCACCUGCCAGGAGUGGAUGUGGGCGUCAACCACUCUGGUCCGGGCGUGCCCACCUACCCCGACGGACCCAGCACGCGGGCGCAAAGCGCGCCCGUCACGGCGCGGACCGGGACCAGCGCGUCGGCCUCCAUGCGCGCGGCGCAGGCGAAGCACUUCAACAAGCUGGUGUUUAUGCAGCGGCACACGCCCUGCUCGUCGCUGCUGCGGAGCCACCUGGUGGUGGCGGCGGACCUGCGCCAGGAGCGACAGCGCCUUCGGAAUGGGUAACGGGCGGCGGGCAGGCGCUGCUGUUUGGUGGUGGUGGGGGGGGGGGUGUUGUGGGCAAGUGGAUGGGCGUUGCAGGGCGUAGCAAAUGGGCAUUGGCGCAAUCGCUGAGGCGCAACUGGUGGUGUGUUUCUGUGGGCGUAGAUGUACCGUGUUGAGCCAUACAACAUCCUCGGCAUUAGGGGGUUUUAUUGUUAGGUGCAGGGUUUGCUAGAAGCAGGCUGUGUUCACUUAAUCUUGCCAUGAGAGCGAUAGCUUGCAAGACUGUGAGGUGGGCAAGUCGUGAUGUCCCAAUUUCCGGUUAUGCCCCCCGAAGAUACGAGGAGAAUGCAGAGAUGUCCUUGUGCGCGGUUGAUAUAUUGUCCAUUCUUGAAUUGUGACCCUUUUUGGCUGAGGUUCCAGGGGAGGGCGAAGCCCCCCAGGAACACCCCUGUCCAUGGGGUGUGGCACCCGAGUCGUGUGGGUGUGGAGGAAGGCGGCCCUGGCGUGACAAAGGUGACUCGGGGAAGGCAUUGUAGGUUAGCAGUUACGGGCAACUGACCCAGCACGCGUAUCCAAACUUUCUGUGUGGAACUUGUGUA